GAAAACGCUUUUAGGUCAAACUUCAAGAUGGCGAAAUGUGAUAGUGGGAUUUCCACCCACUUUCGGCUUCAAAUAAACACUUUUUCGGUGUACUAGAGUAACCAGCUUGGAGUGACCGAUGGUGAUCGAUCGUGUACUGGGAACCUCAACUUCCAACUUAUAGCUGGAUGAUAUAGCAGAAUUUCAUCAACUGCUCAUUAAAAGCACUCUUUUGUUUUUAAUUUUGUUUCAAUUGAUUACGCUGAGGAACCAAGUUACAAACUAAGUGUUUACAAAGUGUAGGCCGGUGGUGUGUGAGUCUUAUUGUGUUCCAUCCAACCCAGCUAUGAGGAGGAGCAGGAAUACAGAAGCAGAUUUCAGGGACCGGAGGGAUGGCUAUAACAGGGACCAACGGUCAAGAGAGGACGGUCUUAACCGCUAUUACAAUGAUAAAGAUCAAAGUAGGAGUGGUCAGAAUGUUGACCAGUUUCAUUAUGAAGAACGACUACCACAGUAUGACCUUGACUAUCAGCAUUAUGAUAGGGGUCAAGUUACAAGAGAAAACAGUUCUAGUAAGCAUUUGGAUGAUAGAAGGUAUUCGUAUUCUGAUAGAUUUGCUAAUGCAAGAGAUGACUACCUUACUGAAACUGAUGUAGUCAGAAGAGAUCAAUACAGACAAGAAGAAUACAAGCAGGAUGAAAACAGAAGAGGGGAAUAUGAUCGCAGAACAGAUAAAAAUCUGGAACAAUUUGAUCAUAGAUUUGACAGCCAGGUGACUGGUAGGGAAAUCACUGGCAUUGGAAGGAAUCAUAGAAGAGCUGAAGACCAGCUAGAAGGUUCCAGGCAAGACAUAUAUAGAGAUACCAGAGAGUCUUACGAUGACAAAGAGAAGGAAAGACAUGCUGACUUAAGAACUCAAGAAUUUUCAGAUAGAAGAGCUGGAGAUUAUUUCUCUGGUAAAGAUCAUGGAAGUUUCAGACAAUCAGUUGAUGAAUGGGCAAGUAGAGGUCAAGAUCGGUUUUCAAGAAGCAUUCAUCAUGAAGGGAAAAAUAGCCUGAUGGAAGAGAAAGGUUCCUGGCAACAGAAAACCAGGUAUAAAACACAAAAAGCAGAUGUAAGUAGAGAAAUUCCUUCAUUGUCAAGAAAAGAUUCCAAACAGGAUCACGGAGACAGUAGACCAAGAGGGGACCAUAGUCAUCAAGGAUCUGGGCCUUCACGAUCAAAUUCAUCCAAAGACCAAAUUAAGGCUUCUGGUAAGGCUUUGCAAUCAUCGAAACAUGCUGACCACAAAAAAUCCAGUUCCAAGACUGACUAUACAAAGCCUGGAAGAGAGUACAUCAAGUCAGGAACUAAAAAACAAGAGCAAAAUGUUGACAAUAGAAAAGUUGAAGCAGAUGUUCGUAAUAAAGCAGAACGUAAACAUUCAUUUUCUGACAACAGAGGUCAUGCAAAGACAGUGGAAAGAAGUGCUAGUCAGUCCAGGGCAGAUGAUUUCAAAAGGCCUCAUGAUGUUAAGAGUAAAACUAGAAUUUCAUCUGGAAUGAAAUCUGAAUACGAAUUUCAUGAGGAAGAUGUUCUAAGUAUUAUGGCAGAUGAUGAUGGCUUCGAUAGAGAAACUGGAAGGAUACAUUCUGAGUCAUUUGUCACUCAGGAUAGAAGCACUCAUGGUAAAGAGUAUGACGAUAGGGAGUAUGCUAAUACUGAAACAUACCCCAGGCAAAGUGGAUCUUCAGACAAAGUUAGACAUGCUUCAGAGUCAGUUGAAUCUAGGCAACAGAGUGGGCAAAACAAUUCCAGUAAUUACAAACAAUUUAAAUUAGGAAUCAAAAGUUUUAAAAGCAGACCUCAUUCAUUUGUUACUAAUUUUAGAAAUAGAUCUAUACAUAAUACUAAAAGUAAAUUUGGUAACAACUCAUUUACUGGUAGAUCCAACAGAUUUGCUAGGUCUAGGCAAUAUAAUGAGAAUAAUACACAGUUUUCAGGCAAGGGUAGGCAGACAAAUUUAAGCUUUCAAAAAUCUGAGAGACAUUUUCCUAAAUCAAGUAGCAAAUUCACAAUGCCUAAUAGAUUUAGGGGUCCUCAAAUAAAGAACGAUUUCAAGAGAUUUGAUGAUCCUGAAUCUUCUGAAAGAAAAAGAGCAUUUUCAGAUGACUAUUCUCGUAGGGGAACUGAUCCAGAGAAAUUCUCAUCUUGCACAACAAAGUUAAUUGAUCAUAGAAAUAAAUUCACAGGUAAGAACAAAGGUCAUGGCUUUGUAAAUAAGUCAAAGGGAUUGCAACACUAUGAUAGAAUGAAAAAGAAAUACCUGAGAGGUGGACAGGGGAAACGGUAUCAACCAACUGGACAGCAGAGGGGUGCAAUUGAUAAUGAAAGAAAUGCCGAUAAAUACAAUGAAGAAACAGAAAACACAUACAGAGAUGAGAGAAGAGCUGGUGAAAUGUUUAUUGAUGAUGAAAGGAAGAUAGUUGUAGGCAAUGAUGGUGUACUUGGACCAGUUCCACAGCAGCAGGUGUUUUUCAUUCCAAAUCCAGAACUUGCAGGGAUGCAACCGCAGUUUGUUGACCAGUAUGGUAAUGUAAUCGUUAACCCUGAGGUAGGUAUUCAACAAGAUCAACCAAUCCAUUUCAUCUCACAACCAGAUGGACAAGACAUGGGCAAUGGACAAGAACAGCAGCAGGUAUUCUUCAUUCCCUUCAAUCAGAUGCCAGGACUACCCGACAGUUUGGAGCAUCAGCCAUUGAUUUCUAAUGAAAGGUCAUUAGAUGAUCCAGAAAGGGUUAACACAAGAAACAUUGAUGGCAGUCGUCGUAAAAUAAAUAGGGUAAAACCUCAAAUUAAGAAACCUUUGUCAUCAGAGGCAAGAGCGAAAAUAAAACAGCAGUUGGCUCUGAAAAGAAGACAAAGGCUGGAAAGAGAGAUUGAGCAAAAAGUCAUAAAAAAACUCUUGAAGUCUGCUCAAAUUCCCGGCACGAGUAUCAACAAAGAAGAGGCAACUCGUAAAAAGCCAGUUUUGAAGCGAAUUUCACCACCAUCUAAAACCAGCCAUUUGAACAAAAAGGUAAAGUUAGUCAAAGGGGGGAGAGAGAUUCAACCAGAAUAUGAAGUUGUAAGUGGUGAGGAUGAUUAUGAAAAUAUAAGUGAUUAUGAGGAUGUGUCAGACGAUGAUGAAGGAUCAAAGGAGAAGAGGCCUGUUUUCAGAAAACCCGGACAGCCAAGGAUUACUGGCCUGCAUAAAGGUAUCAAGAGAACAGAAGAGGAUGAAGCUGAGAAAAAGACUGGUGAUGUCAGGCAUGUGGUUGAAAAGUCAUGGAAAGAGCCGAUUAGAAGAACGGUUCAUGUGGAACAUAAACAAGUCAUGAGAAGAGCAAGAAGAUCGAUCAGUCCAAUUGAAAUUACAGUAAGCAAUGACAAGUACAGUAACAUAUCGAAAAAUGAAGGCAGAACAGAGUUGAAACAUGAGAGAACUCCAGAAAGUCAUAGUUCCGAAAGUAGUGAAAGAUAUGAUAAAAUGAAAAUUGAAAAUAAUGAGAAAAAAAGAAGUGAAAAUGAGAAAGAAAGGUAUAGUGAUAGGAAAAACAGUUUAAGAGGAAGAUCAGAAGAAAGACAUAGAUCUAGAGACAGAUCUAGAGAGAGAGUUGAAAGGCGCAAAUCUAGAGAAAAUCCUGGAGAUAAAAUUGAAAGGCGCAGAUCUAGAGAUAAAAUUGAAAGACAUCGAUCAAGAUCACCAGAAAGGAAAAGGGAUUCAGGUAAGUAUUUUAAAGAUAAUGCAGAAAACCAAUACAAGACAAAGGGGCCUGGUUGUUACGAUAAUACAAAUGAAAAAGAUGUGCAAAAUGACAGAGAUAAUAGAGACAAGAGAAGAGAUGCUGACAGGAAUCCCAGGAGUCCUGACCGAAGGGUGACAAGUCCAAGAAGAAGAUCUAGAAGCCCACACCAACAGUCCAGAAGUCCAAGAAGAAGUAAGCCUGAUGAUAGGAGAGAUCGGAGCAGGAGCCCAAGAAGGCGUAGUAGAGAAAGGAACCAGUCUAACGAUGCCACAAGAAACAGAAAUGAAUAUACAUCUAGGGAUGAGAGUAGUAAAUAUUCCCUGUAUCCCACAUCCUCUCAUGUAAUAAGCAGUAUGUCUGGGAUAACUCCUUCAUUUCCAUAUCAGACUCAGACUCCUGUUUUGUCAUUAGAUCAAAGUCUCCCUCCACAGCACCAGAGUUUAACCGCAAUGUCUGCACCUAUUCCCCCACCAUUUCUACAAAAUCUAGAACCUCAAAAUCAACUGAGUGAUAUGUCCAUGCCUCCUCCUUUGAUGGGAAAUGUACAUUCUUCAAUGUCAUCACUGGUUAUUCCUCAGCAAGCUCCCAUGCAACAUCAAAUAUCUUCAGCUCAGUUUCAGCAGAACAUCCUACAGACACAACCAUCACAGAACCAAACUCAAUAUCCACAGCAACAAUUGCAGGCAAUGAAUCAAGCACAGAUGGGUCAACAUAUGCAGUCCAAUACAAGUAAUCCCUUGUUUCCGGUUCAUCAGACUGGAAAUCAGCAGUUCCUCCAAGGAAAUCAGUCAACGAUGCCAAUCAUGAGCGUAGGGCAGCCAGGCCAGCAGCAGGCGCAUAUACACCAAGCACAGAGCAUGGUUAGUAUGAAUCCCAGCCAGGUGCCACAAGGACAAACUUACAACAUGAGCCACAUGCUUGGACAGACAAGGUCGAAUAUUUCAAAUGAUGGUAAUCAGCAAGCUGCUAGUUUUGUAGCUGCUUCACAGCCAACUGUCAGGGCUGUGCUUGGUACUCUCUCUGGAGGUAGUAAAACAUCACAGAUUGUAGGACAACAAUCUGUUGUACUUGGAAGCAAGACUCAAAUGAGAUCGUUCGUUAUGCAAAAUACCAGUAACUUGGGAUUCCAAAGUGUUCGAACAGGAGCAACUGAGAAAGGCAAUAAUAAAAGAAAUUAUGGAGGGAGAGAUUCAAACAGAACAGAGGAUGAUGAAGAUGAAGAAACCUUUGAAAUGAUUUGCUCUCAUUGUGAAAAGGUUUUUCUAAACCAAGGAGCAAUGAGGAAACAUUCUCUUUGGCAUCAAAGAAUGUCGACGAACGAAACCAGGCUCCGCUGUGACUCUUGCGAGCAGGCGUUCACUAACACGUUAAGCUAUAACAGCCAUCAGAGGGAGAAACAUUUCAUUGAGGCGCUCAACUGCAGCAUGUGUGACAAAACUUUCAACUCAAUAGCACAGUAUGAGAGGCAUUGUUCCCAGUUCCAUUCUCAGGUCAGCGUACAGCAUUCCUGUCCCAUGUGUCCGGCCACAUUCCAGCAAAUACGACAUCUCCUUCAACAUAAACGAGAUCAUCACUCAAGCUACAGGAAGUAAAAUGGCAUUGACAAGAACAGAAAACAUGCUCAGCAAAAACAUCUAUGCAUGCUCUAAUAAACCCACCUAUAUAGAUACUUCCACCUAAUUCAUAUGGCCAACAUAAGAUGAGAUUCAAGAUCGAGAAAAUGUCGUUCAGAAAACAGUAUGGUUUAGAAUAACACAGAUUUUGACAGAUCAAAAGAUGCAGUCUGAUAGUUGGUAAGGAUGUAAAUUCAUGUAAGAAAUAGGUAGGUGAUUGACAGAUGCUCAGAAAUCAUUUAAAUUAGUACAUUAUACAUAAAGACAGUUACUGUUUCUAUGAUAUAAUGAAAGUGGAUUAAAAUGAAACCACUUUUUAUAUUGAAGAACCAUAUUGAGUAAAGUUUGCCAAGUUGACUUCUUUUAAGUUAUAUUUACUAUCCACUGAGAUGAUGAGCCUGAUUACAACAUGAGCAGAAGCUAUUCAAAUCUCUGUUUAAAAAAAAAGUAAGAAUUGUAUGAUGUGUUUACAUUUAACACACUAUAAAAAAGAAAAAGGGGAAACAUAAUACCGGUAUGUAUUUAAUGUGAAUUAUCUACAAUCUCACAUUGGUAGUAUAUAGGCCGAAGUAUUUUUUGUUCAUAUAGUGUUUCGAUUUCAGCCCGUUUUUUUUUUCUUCAAUAUGAUUUGAGUUUUUUUUUCAAUUAUUUCUAUUUUAAUCACAACGCUUCAAAAAUAGGGGAUAUAUAGAAAACUGAAUUGUGUUGUCAAUAUUGCAGACCAAGGAGUGAGGAAAUUUGCUAAAAUCCUUGGGGUCUAAGAGAUUUAAGUUUAAGAAAAUGCAGCCAAGUUUUUUUCCCAUGUAGCUGUCUCAUCGGGCGUGUCAAAAUCAUGCCUGUCAAAUGACCCGCUGUUAAAAGUCCCCUUAAUGCUGCUGCUUCUCCCUGGGGCAAAUCAUUGAUAAGUGCAUUAAGUAUGAUUUGUUUCAUCAUUAUGACGUAUAAGUUAAUAAUUUAGGAUUGAUAUCUAAAUUGUAUAAGGUGACCACUUCUAGGUAUUGCUGUAAAUAUUAGUUAUUACUGUUUUUCAUUUUGAAAGUAAAAAUGUGCUGUAAAAUGUUGUUUUUUGUUUUGUCUAUAUACUUGUAAUAAUAUACUUCUAAUGAUGUGCUUGCAAUUCUGUUAAUUAUCAAUUUUCCAUGCUUUGUUAUAUAAUUAAUACCAAAGAUAAUUAAUACCAAAGAUGAGAAUUUGUUUCCAGCUCAUAAUACAUGCUUGCUUAUGACAAGAUGCAAUUAUUGAUGUCUGAACAAUGCAGCCACCAAGAACUUGUGAAUGGAUGAUUGAUUUCUAUAUAUUAUAGCCUUUAACCUUCCUGUUUUAUGCUUUUUUCUUGAAGAUGAACUGUUGUUAUUGUGCUCAAAUGAUCCAUUUUUAUACUUAUUAUAGUUUCACCUGCCCAGUACAAGGGGGAGAGGGGAGGGGGGGGGGGGGCAGUGUUCAGUAUGUUGUCCAAUCAAUUACUUAAGAAGCCUUUGUCAAAUCAUCACCAAAUAACAUAACAUCUCCAACAAGUUCGAUAACCAGCCAAUUUGCUUGAGUCACUUCAGAGUUAUCACCCUCAAAUAGGUCUUGUCCAAUCAAACUCUUUAGAAGCCUUUGUCCAAUCAUUGCCAAAUUUUGUCAGAAUGUCUAUGGGCAUAUAUCUCAGUCAAGUUUGAUUACCAGUCCUGUCCCUUGUGUCUUUCUAGAUUUAUCGCCCUCUAAUUAUAGAAAUUACUUAAAUUUGGUCAUGUCCAAUCAAUAACUUAAGAAGCCUUUGUUCAUUCAACACCAAAUUUGGUCAGAAUGUGUAUGGGCAAAAUAUCUUGGUCAGGUUUAAUGACCAGCCUCUGUCACUAACAAGUUAUGACUCUUGAAUUAGCAAAAACUGCAUUAAGUGUAGGCUUUCAAAAAAAAAUUAAUGUACAACCACUUAUCAACUUGAUGUUCUUAAAAAAGGAUGGGUGUAUUUUGCUAUAGUUAGCAUUCUGUUUUAUCAUAAUGUACAUAAAUGUUUGACUUCACGGUGCAUAGCAGUUUUGUCAUAUUUUUUUUCAUCUGUUGUAUAUCGCUUUUUAUGCUAUCAUCAAAGAACAUGGUUUCUCAUUCUGAAAAACAUAAACUUGUUCUAUUUUUGUGGAAAGAUUUUGAAAUAAUAUGUUUUAAAUGUUGGGACCCAUGCACAUCCAUAGCUUAAAGGUCAAGGUCACAAAUAAAGGUCAUCUGGUUACUUGAUAGAUAUAUUGACAGGACACGAUGUAUGCCACAAUGCAAAUUAUGUAUGUAUGGUUAUGAAAACAAUCUUUGAUUAUAGUUGUUCAUUUAUAGAUUUGUAAUUGUUUUCAAAUAUGUUUCAUUUUGACAUAUUCAUGUUUCAUUGUUUCAUAAAUUCUCUUUUCUUGUGCGAGGGAAUGUAUUGCCAUUAAGUUGAUUAACGUUAACAUUAUUGACCAUGCUUUGUGGAUUAAGUACAGGAACAUAUGGUUUUAAAGUUAUAAGAUCAUCUUGAAACAAACUUGGCCACUUAGGGGGUUUGGGCAGCUUUUUGAAUGACAUUGUCUUUUUACCUCUUGUCUUUUUAAAAGUGCCUCCUUUCAGGGCUUAUGAAAAGUCUGUCCCUCGAUUUUUUAAAGUGGUUUUUGAUCUUUUCAUGUAAGAAACUACGGUCAAGUUCAAUGUUUUUGGCUCAUCUUUUACAAUUGUUAAGACUUUGUCUGUUCUAACCUUAAUUAUGUUAUGUUUUUAAUAUCAAAGGAAUUUAACAUCUUACAAUUUUGGCUGCUCAAAGCCCUUUUUUUAUUUUUAAAGCAUCACAUAUAUAAUGCUAUUAUUGAACGUUACUAGAAAGUUUUAUAUCAUGAGAUAAAAAUAACUUGAAAAAAAAUGACAGAAUUGAUAGAAUUAGUUGAACAUCAUGCAUCUCGUUACGUCUAUGUACAUGUAUAUACAAUUAUUGCUUUUUGAAUAAAAUGUUUUAGUGAGAA